AUGCCAUGCUUCACCCACUCCAAGGUGCUGCCAUCAGUGCCCGCGCCGGUGCAGAGCCUCCUGGGUGCUGACGUGACUUCAGAGUUGGUUCGCAUGCGCCAAGCAGUUGAGGCAGCCACUGGAAAGCCUGUGGAACCAAGGUUGAGGCUUGAUCAGCGAGAGGAGGAGCAGGAAACCAAACUCAAGAUGACUGAAGAGCUCAGAGAAGGCUUGCUGGAGAAUGAGAAGCAACUGCUUGUGCGGACGGGGCUGCUGUCUGCGACACUGGCGGACGUGCCUGAGUCGAAAUUUUGUUGA